UUAGUAGCUCUCGGGGUUGGUCAUGCAAGUCAAUUUUCAGGCUUUGAAAUUUGUCCCAUCAUUCUGUGAUCUCAACACUAUUAAAACAGAGAAAAUUAGUGUGCAUAUACCAAAGAAAAGUUUACUCAAUUAGUGAGCGUAUACCAAAGAAAAGGUUUGUCAAGAUGAAGCAAUUAGAGGAAACUAAAAUUGGUGGUGCAAAGACAAAACAGGUGGUUCCACCACCUCCUCCACCUCUGCCACAACUUCCAAGGUUCUGGGUUAAGAAGAGUUUUACAGAAAGUGUGACAAAUCAAGAGAUUGCCAAAUUCUGGAGGCAGAAGCGCAUUGAGGAAGAAGAUCACCUUCUUGCUGCCAUCAAGGCUGCAGCUCGAAUUAGGGCCCGAAAUCUUUCAGAGGAAGACUACAAGUGCUUUGAGGAUUCCUUGAAGGAUGAGGAUGAAGAUACCAUGGAGAACAACACAGCAGUCACUGCCAGUGACAGCAAGAACAAUGAAAUUCGUGUGGGAAUAAAGGACUGGUGGACAAAAAGCAAGUAUGCCUACUUAAACCAGCCAGCCAUCAAGUCCAUGGAUCCUUCCAAAAGAAGAACUUCCACUUACAUUCCCAAUUGUUUACAUUAUAAGCCCACUCCUUUAUAUCCUACAUCCCUUGGUGUGUUUUAGACCAUUGGAGCUGCUUCAAUUGACUGUAUUCAUUUGAAAAUGUGAAAAACAUUGUUUGUGCUGCAUGAUUUGCUGAGUUGUGUUCUUUUCAGUAAGGGUGUGUUUGUGUAGUGGCUGCAUUUGCGUUUGUGUAGGUUGCGCUUUUUUUGGCUAGUCCAUGGCACUGUUCAUGGAUCAGCCAAGUGAUAAAAACACGUGAAUAGUAAUUUGCAGCAAUAAAAAAUAUUUUACUACAA